GAGGCUGGGGAGGGGCUUUCGGCGUCGGCGUCGUGACGUCUUUUGCCUGUGCCCGGAGUAUCGGCACCGGCGGCGGAGGCUCUGGGGCUGGGGCGGUCCGCUUCCCCCGUGGCUCUUCGGAACCGAGCAGGGAAGGACGGUAAAACGCGCGCCUUUGUUGCCCUCCGUGAGCCCCGUCGUGGGACCGGCUGCGUUGCGCGGAGGUGUCCUCCGGGGCUGCGCCCUUCCCGAGGCCUCCGCCUCCGCGCUCUGUCCUCGUACGCCCCCGGCCGCGGCGCCCUAAGCCUGUGCGGGUUUCCACACGGGGGACGCGGGCUCGGAGGCCGGCGGUCGGCCCGAGGCCUCCCCGCCUAGUGGGGCCUUGGGGUUCCGGCUGAUCCCGCAGGGCCUGCCCGGCUUGCCCGCUUCUCACGGCCCUGUUCUGCUCACAGGAUCCCAUGGCGGCCCUGGCGCUGAUGGAUGGGGCUCAGGGCUGUGUGACCUUCGAGGAUGUGUUCGUGUACUUCUCCCGGGAGGAGUGGGAGCUCCUUGAGGAAGCUCAGAGACUCCUGUACCGUGAUGUGAUGCUGGAGAACUUUGCGCUUGUGGCCUCACUGGGUUGUUGGCGUGAAACAGAUAACGAGGAGACUCCUGAGCAGAGCAUUUCUGUAGGAUUGUCGCAGCUCAGGACUCCCGAGUCAGGUGCAGUUAUCCAGAAAGCCCACCCAUGUGAGGCGUGUGACCCACUCUUAAAAGACAUUUUGCGCUUGGCCGAACACCAGGGAUCACACCCCUUGCAGAAACUGUACACACGUGGCCCAUGUGGGAGAGGAUUCUUGAUCAGUGCAAACUUUUACCAGCACCAAAAGCGAUACAGUGGAGAGGAUCUCUUCAGGCUGGGUGCUAGUGCGGCCUCAUAUAUGAAGAGCUGUGCAGUCCACAUGUUAGGGAGACCGUUUACUUGCAGCGAGGAAGGGAUGGACUUGCUGGACAGGUCUGGCCUCUUCUUUUGCCAGACCACUGGCAAUGGGAUGAUUCCAUACGAAAGGACUGAGUUCAUGGAAUCUUUCCCACACAGCACCAGUCUUGGCCAACACCAGGGAAACCAUGAUGGACUGGUGCUUUUCAAUUGCACUGACAAUGGGAAGGGCUUCCUGAAUACCUUUACUCUCCUUGGCAGCCGGAUAAAUGAUACUGAAGUAAGACCUUUUAGAUGCCCGCCAUGUGGAAGUAUGUCCAAGGAGAGAUCAGCACUUACUAAUCACAGAAAAGUUCACAGUGGAGAAGUAUCACAUGUGUGUAAAGAGUGUGGAAAGGCCUUCAUUCAUUUGUCUCACCUAAAAAUGCACCAGAAAUUUCACACUGGAAAAAGACAUUACACAUGUAGUGAAUGCGGGAAGGCCUUCAGCCGCAAAGACACACUUGUUCAACACCAGAGAGUUCACACUGGAGAAAGGUCUUAUGACUGCAGUGAGUGUGGAAAAGCCUACAGCAGAAGUUCCCACCUUGUUCAACACCAGAGAAUUCACACUGGCGAAAGGCCUUAUAAGUGCAGUGAGUGUGGAAAAGCCUUCAGCCGCAAAGACACUCUCGUGCAGCACCAGAGGUUUCACACUGGAGAAAGGCCUUACGAGUGCAGCGAAUGUGGGAAAUUCUUUAGCCAAAGCUCCCACCUUAUUGAGCACUGGAGGAUUCACACUGGGGCACGGCCUUAUGAAUGCAUUGAAUGUGGAAAGUUUUUUAGCCAUAACUCGAGCCUCAUUAAACAUCGGAGAGUUCACACAGGAGCAAGGUCUUACGUGUGCAGCAAAUGUGGGAAAGCUUUCAGCUGCAAAGACACACUUGUCCAGCACCAGAUAAUUCACACUGGAGCAAGGCCUUACGAGUGUAGCGAAUGUGGGAAAGCCUUUAGUCGUAAAGACACACUUGUGCAGCACCAGAAAAUCCACACUGGAGAAAGGCCUUAUGAGUGUGGUGAAUGUGGGAAAUUUUUUAGCCAUAGCUCCAACCUUAUUGUACACCAGAGAAUUCACACUGGAGCGAAGCCUUAUGAGUGCAGUGAAUGUGGAAAAUGCUUCAGCCACAAUUCCAGCCUCAUUCUACACCAGAGAGUUCACACCGGAGCAAGGCCUUACGUGUGCAGUGAAUGUGGAAAAGCCUACAUUAGUAGCUCCCACCUUGUUCAACACAAGAAAGUUCACACUGGAGCAAGACCUUAUGAAUGUCGUGAAUGUGGGAAAUUCUUUAGCCGGAACUCUAGCCUCAUUCUACAUCAGCGGGUUCACACUGGAGAAAAGCCUUACGUGUGCAGCGAAUGUGGGAAAGCCUACAGUAGAAGUUCCCAUCUUGUUCGGCAUCAGAAAGUUCACACUGGAGAAAAGCCUCAUGAAUGCAGUAGUUUUGAUGGUCCUUUAGCUACAUCUCUUAAACUUGCUUAGCAUCAGAAAGCUCACACUAGAGAAAGGCCUUACGAAUGCAGAAAAUGUUCCAUCUCUUUGUUCGACCUGAUAGGAUUCACACCAGAAAAAAUCUCUGUGAGUACCCUUUGUGAGGGAACCAUCAACCAGCAGGUGAACCUUGUACAUUCAUACAGGUAACACGGGGAGAUUCCCAGUUAGUAGGUGGGAAGCUUUUAUAGGUGCAUUGCACUUUCUAAACUAUCCAGGGCUCUUGACCGAGUUCUAUCACUGCCAGUGCCUGUGGCAGAAGCCAUCUCAUUACUACCAGCUGUCAGAGGUCCCACAGUGUGUGUCAGUCACUCCAGUAUGCUCGGGGAAGGCAGACCCCUGUGCUCCCCCUCCUGUUCUCUGGAGGGAAUCAAGAGUGUUCUGAGCCCAGUGAGAUCCUCACUUCCUCCCCCAUGACUGCAUUCUCAGUCGACAUGAUCCAGCUCUGGCCAAGAGGAUCUGAACUGGAGUCUGCUGGGGAUUUCCAGACAAGUUUCUCUUCACAAACAAUGUUGACUGUGAACAUAAUAACCAUGAACUCAUUUGUCUUCUUCUAAAUCACCCAUCUUUAGAACUGCUUGCCCCGUGCUGCUCUGAUUCAUGCAGUGUCACUGGCCUACUGUGGCGAUCUCUACUGUUGUUGGUGUGGUGGGGUCUAGUCAUGUGCGGAACGGAUUAAGAAAAGGUUGGGUUCUUCCACCAACUUCAUGUGCCUCAGAAGGGUCAGCAGGAUGGCAGAGAACAGAUCUCAGUCCAGCUGGCCUAAGUUGCAUUGUGCCCAAGGCUUGCUGGGAAAGAGUGAAGAGCUCUGUGUGCCUCAUCCUGUGGCCCGGAAGGCAAGAUUUCCUGUGAGCCCAGAGUUCAUUUCUGAGGAAGGCAUAGUUGGCGUGAAAAUCUCCAGUUCUUCUGGAAACAUGAAUUGGGUCUCUUGUUCCUAGGGAAUGUUCCAUAUUCCCCAGCACUUGUGAGGGAUUUCUGUCUCCUAGGUCUGCAUAGGAGCCAGUGCCUGAUGUCCAGAAUCCCAUAGGCAAGUUUCAUUGACUGGAAGGCCCACAGGGCAAGGUGAGGCUCAUAACUGGUACAGAAACACUGAGAUAAUGGAGUGGGGAUGAAUGUGGCCAAUGAGAGGAUAUGUGUCUCUCCUAGCAGAGGCAUCUACAAACGCCCAUACGAUUUUUGUGGGAUGAGAAUAUAGAAAUUCUCUGGACCUCAGACAUCUGUAUUUCCUGUGGUCAAGGCCACUGUUAGUGUCUAAAGGUUUGUGGAUUCCUGUACCUCCCUGGGCUGUUGAUGUUGUGGCCGUAACUACACAUGCAGGAACCUCAGCAUGGACAGAAGAGAGAUCCAAGGAUAGGGCUUCCCUGACCUAGCUAGCAUUCCUAGUGACUGAAGUGGACAUGGAUUUCAUUGCUCUCCAGUUCUUGCUGACAUUGAGGCAGGGUUCAUUCUCCUAAAUUGGGGAGGGAGAUGGGAGAACCAAAGUAGUUGGCAGAUGUGACUUUCUAAGAGGGAUGGUAAAUAGGGACUUUAUGGGGAACGCUUAGUUCUCAAAAACUUCAUUGAGGUAUGACUGACAUGAAAUAAACUGCACAUAUGAAAGUGUGAAAUGUGUUACGUGUCAGCAUGUGUAUAUACCUGUGAAACCAUCACCACAAUCACGAUAAUGAACAUAUUCAACACAGCCAAAAGAUUCCAUGUGUUGCUUUAUAAUCCUUUUAUCUCAGUCUUUCUAAUUAACCUUUGCCACAAUUCAUAAACAACAAGCAUUUUCUAGAAUUUUACAUAGACAGAAUCAUAUGGUAUAUACAUUCGGGGGAGUUAUGGAUAGUGAAAAGGGACUCUAGCCCUUUUCACUAUCCAUAACUAUUUUGAAAUCAAUCCAUCUUGUUGCAUGUAUCAGUAGGUUGUUCAUUUGUAUUGUUGAGUAUUACUCCAUUAUAUGCAUAUACCACAAUUGUUUUUUAUCCAUUAAGCUAUUAGUGAGUGUUUGGGUUGUUUCCAGUGUGGGGCUGUUACAAAUAAAGCUGCUCUGAAGA